GGCGUGCCCGAGGAGAUUUUUUUUUUCCCAUAAAGCAUUUUUUCUCUCCUUUUCUUUCUUUUUAUUUUUUUCCCCUCCUCUUUUGCAAAAUUGACUUUUCCCCCCUUUCUACUUCUCGCCAGUCUUCCCAACCUCUCCGGGCUGCUCGCGCCGCUGCACUCAAGUUUAUUUUCCCGCCCGGGCAGAGGUUUUAGGAUUCGGUCGGCGGCUUUCACCUCUUCUACUGCUGUGCCUAAGGAGGGAAGGAGGAGGCAGCUCCGGAUCGGGAAGGUUUUCUGAUGUAGUCAUCGGGGAGGUGCCAGCAGCUCGUGUGUGCUCCCUCUCCCUUUUUUUUCCCCUCCGGGUUUCAAACUGAUUGAUGAAUCUCUACAAGUUGCUGGGGUUGGGGCCGGAGCGGUCGGAGUCCCAGGGACACUUCUGAGAGCUCCCCCAGGGCUCUGGGCACGCAGUGUGGGGGUUCAGCCUCGCUCCCGGAAGGCGAGCGGAGACUGACAUCAGCCCAUCCCGGACUUGGAGGGCUCCAUCCGAAAGUGAUUGUUUCCCCUCCCGCUUCCCAGCCCAGCAGUUGGCUUGGCGUCGCCCUGCAGGUUUGGGCAUCCCAGCCCCGCCUGGCUGGUUCACAACCUCUGCUCUUCAGUCACUCCGCGGCACCCACACCCGGCCAAGACAAGCAAGCAGGAGAAAUCCCCGACUCAGCCAGCGCCCGGAGGUGCCAUCUCGCCCUGCCUCUGCGGUCGGACUCCUCAGGGGACCUGCUGGAAGACGGGAAGAGCCAAACUUUUCUUUGAGCUUUUUCGAAGCAAGACCCGCUUCUCCUCUCCUCCUUGCCCGAGCGCUCGGCUGCGGCUUUGGGCAGCUCCAGGACGCCGGUAGAGCCGGUCUCGCGGAUCCAGAUCGCCACCCUUCUCUGCGCACCUCCGGGUACCGCAGUCCCCAGGACUCCUGCGAGGCUUGCGUGGGGGGAUCGCCUGGCCGAGGCUCAGAAGGGAGGCUCCGGACAGCUUCCAGCCUCCCGGGGCUACAAGCGUGAGGACGCCCCCUCCCUCCCGCCCUCCACACAGCGCCCUCCUCCUGCAGUUUCUCUCCGGCCGCCAAAGUAACUUGGAGCAAAGCGGGGCGCACGGCGAGGGCCCAGAGCGGCGGAGGAACCCCGUGCAGACCGCGGCGCCGACACUGAGCCGGGCCCAGCGGGCCGGUGUAUGUCUCCCCGCGGCCGCGGCGCUCAACUCCCGGUGACUGUGCAGCGCGCGCCGCCGCCUGCCCCGACCCGCGCUGCCGCCGCCCGGCCCCGCACGCACCUCCCUCUCCCGGGGUGACCGGCCUGCAGCCGCCGCCCGAGACACAGCUCCGCACCCCUUCCCCCGCCCUCGCCGCCGCCACCGCACACACGCACGCGUCUCUCCGUCUUGUGAUUCUUCUCCCUCCCGAGCCCUUCAGUGGGGGUGCGAGUUUGUCCCCCCGCCCCAGCCCACUGCCUCCUUCUCUCGCUCUCUCUCCUCCUCUUCCUCCCGCGCUCGCCGCGCGCCUCUCGUCCCUUCAUCGUAUUUAUUCCUAUUUAUUUGGCGUCCGCUCUCUUCGUCUGCCCCUCUCCCUCCCUCCCCCUGGAUCCCCGCUCUCUUCCCGGAGUGGCGCGUCGGGGGCUCCGCCGCUGGCUAGGCGUGAUGUUGCACGUGGAGAUGUUGACGCUGCUCUUUCUGGUGCUCUGGAUGUGUGUGUUCAGCCAGGACCCGGGCUCCAAAGUCGUCGCCGACCGCUACGCCGUCUACUGGAACAGCAGCAACCCCAGAUUCCAGAGGGGUGACUACCACAUUGAUGUCUGUAUCAAUGACUACCUGGAUGUUUUCUGCCCUCACUAUGAGGACUCUGUCCCAGAAGAUAAGACUGAGCGCUAUGUGCUGUACAUGGUGAAUUUUGACGGCUACAGUGCCUGCGACCACACAUCCAAAGGGUUCAAGAGAUGGGAAUGUAACCGGCCUCACUCUCCAAACGGACCACUGAAGUUCUCGGAAAAAUUCCAGCUCUUCACUCCCUUUUCUUUAGGAUUUGAAUUCAGGCCAGGCCGAGAGUAUUUCUACAUCUCCUCUGCAAUCCCAGACAAUGGAAGGAGGUCCUGCCUAAAGCUCAAAGUCUUUGUGAGGCCAACAAAUAGCUGUAUGAAAACUAUAGGUGUUCAUGAUCGUGUUUUCGAUGUUAACGACAAAGUAGAAAAUUCAUUAGAACCAGCAGAUGACACCGUACAUGAGUCAGCCGAGCCAUCCCGCGGUGAGAACGCGGCACAGACACCAAGGAUACCCAGCCGACUUUUGGCGAUCCUACUGUUCCUCCUGGCGAUGCUUUUGACAUUAUAGCACAGUCUCCUCCCGUCACCUGUCACAGAAAACGUCAGGGUCUUGGAACACCAGAGAUCCACCUAACUGCUCAUCCCAAGAAGGGACUUGUUAUUGGUUUUUUGGCAGAUGUCAGAUUUUUUUGUUUGUUUGUUUUCUUUCCUCCAGCCUGAUUUCUAAGCAACAACUUGGGGUCUUUGGGGGUUGGGGAGGGGGUAAACUAGUUGCUGCCUCCUUCACCCCACCGUCCCCCUAGCCCUUGCCCUUGACUCCUCUUACCCCCUUCCCAAUUAAAUGGAGUCCAGAUAAAAUUGCCAGAUUGUCAGAGUGACAGCAGCGGGUCUUGGCCUCCUGUGCGUUCUCCUCUAGAGCUCACCUUCGGAAGCUCAGGGUGUUGACUGUAUGUACUCAAGAAAGAAUAGCAGCCGAUGCUGCCUGCAGUGUCCAGGCCUGAGAGGGGUGCCCUCUCCUAUACAAUACUCAACGCCUUCACGGUCAGGACAGUAAGGUGAUUGUGUGGAGUACGGUGUUAGCCUGCCAGGUCCAGAGGGCGGAGUUAAGAAUAGGCAUAAUAUUAUACCACAUCCUCUAGGAGCAUAGAAGUGAGCAGGCUUCUCAAAGGUUCAGAUACUAGUUUUUACUUCAUCAAAUGGGACUGUCUUAAAAGAUUUUUUUUUAUUUUUUUAUUUUUAUUUUUUUAUUUUUUUUUUUGGCCAGCAAAACUUGUGCUGUGUGGAAGAAGCCUGUUCUCCCAGAAGGAGGGCUGGAUGCAGAGAUGCUAGUACAGAAGAAGGGUGGAUGUUGAGAAAACAAUCUGUUGCUGGGGUGUGAGUGCCUCGAACUUUUUUGUGACCGGGCAGGGCACACCUGUGGGUUUUGGUUUUUUUGUUUUUUGUUUUCCUUUGAAUACAGUUCACCAUGGUGCUACAACUUCUUUUUUUCUUUUUAGGAGUUCAAAGAGGCAUUUUUAUGAAUAAAGUGACCUUCCCCAAGGCUGCCAAGCCAGGGUUGAUGAGUAGAGAGUAGAAUAGCCUUGGCUACUCCUCUGGGGACAAUAUGGACACGGAAAGAGAGUCUGACCAGAGGAGAUGCGAUUUGGCUCUACUGGAGCUCCAGUGUGCUGUGGCCUUUCCCCAACCCCCACCUCGAUACCCACGUUCUGCUCCGUGCUCCGUGACCACAGGGGACUCAGACACAAACCCCUGUCACCAGGAGAGUCAGUCAGCUCUUGGGAGGGCUAAAGGGAAAUUUGGAAUACAGAUUCCAAAGUUUGGAAUGAGAAAUUCAAGUGUUGAUUUUUAUCUCCUUUCCCUUUCUGACACAGCCUAAAGCGUAGGGGGAACACGUGUUUAUCUGUGGGAGAUAAACAAGAUGGAGUCCCAAAGACUUUGACAAAAUAUUUUUUUAAAAAUCCACUAGAAUAGAAAAUACAUUAUUUAGAUAUACUUUAUGCUGAGAGUGAGUAUAUAUGCUUGUCCUAUUUAAACUUGUGAGAAAAAGUGAUAUCCCUUGAUACAUUUAGAAACACAGGGGUUAUCUUGUUACAUAGUAGGGUUUGGGGCAGAAGAAUGAACACAGGAUGACCCUGUUUAAAGAACCUUAGCAUGGCCAAGGGGGUGGUUCCAGCUGAUUGCCAGGAAACACAAGCUGUGGGGUUCUCCUGGCGGGGUGUUGGGAACUUUCAAUCCCAAAGCCUGGGCAGGGAAUAAUGUCAGACCAAUGGAAAGGUGAUCUAGCCUAUUUUUGCUAUUGCACGACAUCAACAGAAACCAUACCUUUGUAAAACAAGCAAGUCAGUAAAUGCAAUGAUCAUGUAAUGUGGAAAAUUGAAAGCAUUCCAGUUUAAAAAAAUAAGGAAUUUUUUAUAUAUUUGUUUUUAAGAUGUAUAUGUUAAAACAAAAAGAGUUCACAUUAUAGAUGGACUUCAUGGAUCGGAAAUUGCUUAGAAUUGCGAGUGGUUUCAAAUUAGAAAAAUAUGUGAGUGGAAGGCAGCUGUGAACGAACUGCACCCUAGAGAGUUGUGUGCACGUUGGAAUGUAAGCUGGGCUUACUUACCUGGUCCCUUUGGAGCGGAGGCGACUGGAGUCUGCUCUCACCUGAACCGUGUGACCGGAGUCACCAGCCUCAAAGAUAAAGUUAGUUCUCUCUCCUCUUCUCCCAACAUCUGAGACUUCUCUGGAGUAACAGAGUCUGAUCACAGAAGGCACCCACCAUUUUCACUGAAACAGAACUUCAAAGCAUUGGAUUCCUUUGCCUUUAUUUAUGCGCUCGACACUGUCAGUGAUAUCCAGAUGUAUUCUUUUUAUUAAUAGUUACAGGUGUGUGGGUUAGUAGGAUUUCAGUAAAGGGACAAAAAAGUAAAGUAAAAUCCCUUCUAAGAUGGAUGGAUAGAACCAAGAUAAUACUGCAUGUGCUACAGUCAAGGACACCAAGUGAUCCCGUGGUAAUUCCAGUUAGUCCUAACGACAUUAGCAGUUCUAAUGUCAUUGUAGAAACAGUGAGUUCUGUGAUUCUAGCAUUUGUCUCUAAGCAAUGAUGAGAUGGUAUACUUCCUCAUGGCCCUCUCCGCCAUUGUCUUUCAUUCCCCAUUGCAAUUAGACUUCACUGCCAUGCCACCAAUGAGUAAGUUAAAAAAAGAAAAAAUAUCCAUGCCAGUAGACAAUAUGCUUUUUACCUGUGACAUGAUCUUAGCUAAUACACUUGUGCAGAGUUUUCAAGAUGAUUGGUGUCAGACAGUUUUUAUCUUGUCCAAUAAUGCGCUGGUGGCUUUUUGUGGUGUUGUUACAAUCCUCUGUGGGCUUAGGAUGUCGGUGCAACUUGGUAGUUGAUUUCAUUAAAAGAAAAAAAAAAAAAACGAUUGAAAACCAGGAAGGGCAGCCCUGGAGCCCCUCAGCCCCAGUUGGUCAAACCCCAGCGACCUUUGCCCCUGGUUGCCAAGGGUUUUGCAACAUGAAGCAGGGAAUAAAGAUCUGUCUGUUUAGUGGAUACUAUGUAUCCUUUAAUAGACCAGGUAACAGUUCGUGUUAGUUUUAGACUAUUGUUUUGUACUGUACUUUCUUGGGUGGCAGAGGAAAGAAAAGUUAAAAUGUUAAAAAAACAAAAACAUACAAAAAAAAAAAACCCAACUGCGUUCUUUAAUUCUGUAUUAUUAGCGACCUCUGUUGUAUAUAGUGUUUGAUAAUAAAGUAUUAAUUUGAUUCUUAUGUCUUUUGUAAGUGAAAACAGACUUUCAGGUUAUAAAACAUGCAUUGAGGCUUUGAGACAUCCAAUGUAUACAUGGCUGAGAAGUCACAAGAGACUGGGACUCCAUACUGGACCCGUCCAUCUUACAGCUCCAUCAUCGUCUUGGGACCAGAAACAACAGGACUGCUUUGACUGACACUUUUUUUUUUUUUUUUGUCUUCUGUGUUUUCAAGGUCUGCUGUUGGAGCUCUGUGGUCCUUCCCCUCACCCUAAGCAUGUGGUUUGACAAGGUUUAGAUGACUUAGAAAUGAUUCUGUACUUUGGUUUGGUUUUCUGUUUGUCAUUCUUCCGCCCCACCCCUCCACCCCCCAGAAGUCUUGUGAGUAUCGAGUGCGGCUCGGACUCAGGAUGCAGACCAGUCCCUCUAGGAAGGCUCAGUGGGGCUGCUCCCUCUCUGUGUCUCUGUGAAGGAAGAGUCACAGCACCUGUGGGCUUUCAAGGACUCUGUUUUUCUCCUGUGCCUUAGCAACGGCUGCAGCCAUUUUAUUAGUUUCACAAAAUUAGAAAAACAGUUUUAAACUCCUCCUUACCAUUCAUUGCUCUCAGAGUUGUGGUCACCAGAUUUUUCUUUUGAAAACCACUUCCACACCCCUGUUUUCCUCUCCCUCCCUCCCUUGCUCCCUGACCAUUCUCUCUCUCUCUCUCUCUUUCUCUCUCUCUCUCUCUCUCUCUCUCUCUCUCUCUCUCUCUCUCUCUCUCUCUCUCUCUCUCUCUCCCCACCCCCACAUUCUACUUUCCCUCAGAGCCGUGAAUGGGCAGGUCUGUCUCUGCUUUGGCAUCGCUGAGUUCUUCCCACGCCUUUGCCCCAGAGCUGCUCAGACGUGAGGCAGAAUCUCCCUACAAUGGGUCCACCCCAUUGUUUGCACAGUCUAAUAGACGCUGCCACAUUGGAGGUCACCCACGAGUCGAAAAUCCGUGUUCCAUGCUUACUCUUGACACUGCAUUGAAGCCACUCACCUUGUGUGCGUCUGGGUGUGCGGUCCAGCUCCUUCCUUCCGUGCAGCUCCCUGGUGUCCCUGCCUUGCUGUCCCCUGCCACUCCUCAUCGAGUGCUGUUUUGAAAUGCUGACAUUAUAUAAACAUAAAAGAAAAUGUAAAAAAAAAAUUAAAACACACACGCAAAUCCAUACGAUCUGUAUUUGUAUAUACACGUGUCCGUACAAGUAU